AUGUCUUUUGGAGGCCUGAUUUUUUCUAACCAGUUUAUUCGAAUAAAGACCGCUAUCCCAUCCAGUUCAGUCUAUGGAUUCGGUGAACAUGAACAUCCAUCCUUUAAGCAUUCCAUGAAUUAUAUUAAAUAUGGAAUGUUUUCCAGAGAUCAAGCGCCAGCAUUUAGCAAUCUCUAUGGAGUUCAUCCUUUUUAUAUGUGCAUAGAGAAUGAUUUUAAUGCACAUGGUGUUCUUCUCCUGAAUUCCAAUGCCCAAGAUGUUACUCUGAACCCACAUCCUUCUAUAAUGUUCCAGACCAUUGGAGGAAUACUUGACUUCUACAUGUUUCUUGGCCCCACUCCUGAAAAUGUUGUCCAACAGUACACAGAGGCCAUUGGACGUCCAUUUAUGCCUCCAUACUGGUCUCUGGGAUUUCAUCUGAGUCGAUGGGGCUAUAAUAACAUAGAAGUGCUGCAAAAAACCGUUGAACGUUUAAAAGAGUAUGAUAUUCCUCAUGAUGUUCAGCAUGGUGAUAGUGACUACAUGGAUCGUCAGUUGGACUUCACAUAUGAUAAAACUAACUUUGCUGGUCUGCCUGAGUACAUUAAGGCACUAAAAAACGAUGGAAUGCAUUAUGUCAUUAUUUUGCAUCCCUUUUUGACAAAAGAUGAACCAGAAGGUACUUAUAAGCCCUAUGACCUUGGACAGGAAAUGGGAAUAUGGAUCAACAAUUCUGAUGGAGCCACACCAGCUAUUGGCAGGGCACCAGCCAGUUGUGGCAGGGCGGGGGUGGCGGGCGGUGCUGGCCUCUGGGCCGCCUCGCGCCGCCCAGCCCGCAUCCCCCGGCCAGCAGCCCACAGCAUUGAUUCAGAUUCCAGCGAGCCUGUGACUGUCCCAAGUACCAAGGGCCGCAGCCGCCACGCUGGGAGGGCCUGGCCCCCAGGAGGGUCAGUAUUUCCAGACUAUACCAACCCCCUAACGACGGAAUGGUGGAUCCAGAUGUGCAUGGAAUUUAAGAACAUCAUUGAUUAUGAUGGGAUCUGGAUUGAUAUGAAUGAACCAUCCAAUUUUGCAACGGGGCAGCAGCCCGGAUGUGCAAAGAACAAUCUAAACAACCCACCCUAUGUGCCUGAUAUCACUGAUGGAAAUUUGGCUGAGAAAACAUUAUGCCCUGAUUCCAAGACUUUUCUGGGAGAUCAUUAUGAUACACAUUCUCUGUUUGGCUGGUCAGAAGCAAAAUCUACUUUUUAUGCUUCUCAGAAUGCUACAGGAAAGCGAGCAUUUGUUUUGAGCCGUUCAACAUUUGUCGGGAGUGGCAAAUACGGUGGCCAUUGGCUGGGUGAUAACUUCUCACGCUGGAGAGAUAUGCACAUGUCAAUCAUUGGCAUGCUAGAAUUUAAUCUCUUUGGAAUUCCAUAUGUUGGAGCUGAUAUAUGUGGGUUUAAUGAAGAUACAAAUUAUGAACUUUGCUUGCGCUGGAUGCAACUUGGGGCAUUUUACCCCUUUUCCAGAAACCAUAACUCAAUCGGGAGCAAGGAACAAGAUCCUGGGGUGUUUGGAGAAAAAUUUGCUACAAUUUCCCGUUCUGCGUUAUUGAUUAGAUACACACUGCUGCCUUACUUAUACACCCUCUUCUACCAUUCUCAUAUCAAUGGAAGCACAGUGGUCCGAGGACUGAUGCAUGAAUUUACAUCAGAUCCUCAGACUCAUGGAAUUGACAGAGCAUUCCUUUGGGGCUCGUCUUUAAUGAUUACUCCAGUUCUUGAAGAGGCAAGUACUAAUGUUUUAUAUCAGCGCAAUAUGAUUACUUAG